GCAAGUGCAACUUUCAUAAUCCAGCUUUUUAAUUUACCAUCAUUAUUUUGGGUCUAGCAGAUCGUAGUGUAAACAAAAUGGCAGCGACCACGCGAAAAAGGCCUGCUAGAAAAUAUGCUAAAAAGGAAAAGGUGGAUAUCUCAGAAGAGGAUAGAAAGCCAGGUGUUAUUUACAUUGGCCAUAUGCCUCAUGGUUUUUGUGAAAAAGAACUUCGAGCAUAUUUCUCUCAAUUUGGUAAAGUCUUGAAUGUUAAAGUAUCCAGGUCUACCAAGAAUGGUCAUGCCAAAGGUUAUGCUUUUGUCAAGUUCAAGUAUGCUGCAGUGGCCAAAACAGUGGCAGAAACAUGCCACAACUACUUAUUCUUCAACAAGUUAUUGAAAUGUCAGUAUCGCCCUCUUGAAGAAGUUCAUCCCAGGACAUUUGUAUCCUAUCCAUGGAAACCAGAUUUGAAAAGAAAAAGACAGCACAACAAUGGGAAGUCAGAAGGAAAGUUAAGAACCUCUCUAAAAGUAUAUACAAAGAAACAAGAAGGAAAACUCAAGAAGCUGAAAGAAAUAGGAUUGGAUAUAAAACUUAGUGAUAUUUUGGAUGUUCCAAAGAGCAGAGAGAGCCCAAGUAAAACACCACAGACAAAAACAAAAACACCUCAGAAAAAAGAAAACAAUUCAGCAUCAAAGACAAAAGAAACAACCAAGAAAGUAGUCAAAAGAAAACAAACUCUGUCAACUAAGAAAUAAAAACAAAUGUUUAUCAAUA